CAGGAGGAAGUGGAGACGCGUGAGGAUGCGGAGGGCAUGUUCGAUCGAUAAUCGAUACAGACUGGAGAUCUCAGAGCUGCAGGGCUGACAGACGUCUUUACGAAGACUUGGUGACAACUUUUUGACGUAUUAGUGACGUAAGGACGUGUUUUUGACGUGUUUAAAGGAGUUAUUGUGGGUAUUUUUUUGUACCUGUUUCUCACCUGCUGUGGUCUUUAACAGGGUUUCCAUGAAGGUGUUGUGAUUAUUUUUCACCAGAGACUCGCUAUAAAAACUUGUUUCACCACUAAAUGUGUGACGUGUUAGUGACGUAUUGACGCAUCAUUUAAGGUACCUGUUUACCUGUUUUCACCUGGUUAAUGAAGGAUUUGUGGUUUGACGUAUUUUUCCACCUGUUGGUGACGUGUUGGUAACGUGAUCAUGUCCGUGCUGCAGCUUCCAGCCGAGCUGUGGUUGCAGGUGUUCAGCUUCUUGUCAUGGAAAGACAAACUGAGCGUGCGCUGUACCUGCUCUCACUUUAAACACCUGGUGGAUAAGUCCCGCCCUCUAUGGCGUGGUUUCACCGUCAUGCUCCGAGACUUCUCGCGGUAUAACCGCCAGUUCUGGUGCAGUCUGGCUCAGAGGCACGUGGGCAGGGUGUACCUGCGCUCAGGUAAGAGGAAACACCUGAAGCAGCUGUCCUCGUGGCUCCCGGGGGUCGAUGCGCUGCGAUUGGACGACUGGAGGGAGGACGGCGUGGGCGAUCUGAAACUGUUCCCGCAGCUGAAGCGGCUGGCCGUCACUUCCUGUUACGCUCCCCUGAAAAGCAUGGCCUUCCUGUUUCCUGUGCGGGAUCGGCUGACUCAGCUCAGCCUCUGUGGCCUGCAGCUCACCUGCUCCGUCCCUCACCUGCUGGACGCCAUCGCUCAGCUGACGCGCCUGACGACCCUGCGGCUUCAUCACGACGGCAGUCUGCUAGUGACGCCGCUCAGCGGACUCCUGGCUCACCUGUCCGAGCUAACGUACCUGUCCAUUACCGCCAUCACCUACAAGACGCUGCCAAAUGACUUCUUUAGCCCCGCCCACCCCACAGCAGGUGGCGCUGCUCUAAAGCUAACCGACCUACAACUGUUGAACUACGACGCGGCGGUGACGCCGGAGGUUCUUCAGUCGCUGUCGAAUGUCCGUAAUCUGUGGGUGUACCAUCUGUACUCCGUACCUGGACCCGUCUGUCACCUUCAGACCUGGCUCAGGUCUCUGACUCAGCUCCACAGCCUCAGCGUGCACGGAGGCCAUCCUCUGGCGGCGUAUGCUGACCUCCUGCCGUCGUCCCUCGUCAGUCUGAAGCUGUGUGUCGACCUGCAGCCUGAUGACCUCCACGUGAUCUCAGCCAGAGCUCCUCGCCUGGAACACCUCUACCUGGAGCCCUGGAACUCCUCCUCCAACCUGGUCCGGCUCAUCCCGCAGCUCUUUCCUAACCUGAGGACUCUGAGGAUCAACCAUCUCCACAUAUCUGACGAGGACUUCCUGUCACUGCAGCAGCUGCAAAGACUCAACACACUUGAGAUUCUGGACUUGUUCCACCGACCAGACCCCAGGGACCCCAGCUGGGUGGUCUACGGGCCGAGUCCUCGUCUGCAGCGGCUGACCUCUGACCUGCAGCAGCAGACCGACCACAGAGUACGAGUCGUCACAAGUGUACGAAGAGACCGGCUCACCUGUGAAUGUAUCUGACCAAUCAGAGCAGAGCUGCUGCUGGUUCAUCUGAUCGCAGUUCUAAUUGCAUAAAAGGAGUUCUGUAAAGGUUUCCUAGAAAUGCUUCAAACAACGAGAAACUUGAUUUCUGGAAAUCUGACGUUCUUCUAGAGCUGUAAAUCUUUUUAUUCUGCUUCAUAUUAAUAUGCUUUAAGUUCUAAACUCACAUUAUUCUCUGCUUUUUCACUGAUCAGCAAGAUAGUAAACUCAUGAAUGAUUAUACUGCAACGUCGAUAUUGUCCAGUAGACCAGUGGUUCUCAGACGGUGUGACAGGGAACACUAGUGUGCUAAGUCUAGGUGUGCCUUGGGAAUUUGUACAACCAUACGUUAUUACUACAACUUUAUGGCAAGUUCUGUAACCAGGCCUGCGCACGCAUCUGAUUGGACCCCUGAACAGUUAUAAAUAAAAAACCAAUCAGAA